CGAGAGUCUUCCAUAGCGAUUGAUCCAUCCAUAGCGUCUUUCAUCCGCACUUCCCACACCACGCUGUAGGUGACUCUGCUCUAUCCCGUCGCUUGUCCGUUUUCCCGCUGCGCUAGGCCUGGCGACUAGCGACUUGCGACUGGCGAUUGGCGACUGGCGACUAAGCGACUGGCGACUAAGCGACUGACAAUCGUGCGUGGUCGGUUGUCGGCGCACAGUAUUAGGAAAACCAAGGCGCUUAGGAGCUAAGCUCGUCACAGCUGUUAUUCCUCGGAGCGCGAUCAACCAAUCGGGUUCUGAGGUGCCAGCGUGGCACGGCCAUAGCCAAUCAUGAGCGCCACCGCGUUGGCCGGCCUUCUCUCCGAGGCCACGCUGACGAUCGACGUGGCAAAGAAGCACCUCCGAGAGGUGGCUGACGUGGCUGCUGCUGAUGCGGAAAAGGCCCCGCACAUGCUGCGACGAACAGCUGACGUGGAUGUCGACGAUCCCGCCACGUGGCGCGAGCUCACGCUUCCCUCGCGGGGCUUUUCGAAGGUGGAGAGCCUGGCCUCGUGCACGCAGUUGACUCGCCUUGACUUGAGUGGAAACAACCUGACCUCUCUGGAGGGUCUCGCGUCCUGCGUCUCGCUCCGCUGGCUGGACAUUGCCAGCAACACCGUCUCCUCGCUUCAGCCAAUCACGUCCCUCCAUAACCUCUUGGUGCUCAAAGCCAGUCACAACAUGGUGGCGGAUAUUUCUCCUGUCACCCAUCUGGCGAAGCUGCAAGCACUCAUUCUGAACAACAACCUGCUCGCCUCUCUCUGCAAUCUGGCUCCUCUCACUGCCCUCAAUACUCUGGUCCUAUCGCACAACGAGCUGCCCUCUCUCGGUAACUCCCUCCGCGGCCUCUCAGCACUCAAGAAGCUCUCCCUGUCCAGCAACGGACUCUCGUCGCUCACCAAUGAGCUCAGCGGGUGCAUGGCAUUAGAGGAGCUGCGCCUUGCCAACAACCACAUCUCGGUCAUCACUCCCUCUCUCUCCACUCUCACCCGUCUCCGCAUCCUCGACCUCUCCUCCAACCGAAUCCCCUCUCUCAAGCUCCUCUCCCUGCCCACCCUCGUGGUGUUCCCACGCCUCUCCUCGCUCUCUGUGCGCGGCAACCCUCUGCUGGGGGACAACGCGGCUGCAGUUGAGGCGCAGAUUCUGAAGCACCUGCCGCGCCUACGGCUGCUGGAUUCCCGUAAAGUGGGGAAGGGAGGGGGUAGGGGACAGGGGAGAGGAGAGGGGGAGAAGGGCAGUGGAGGCCCUGCUGGGGAGGGCGAGUUUCAGGUACAGGGAGAUAGCAGCAGAGAUGCUACUAUGGAAGAUGGGGAGACAAAGGAGGGGAAGGGAGAGGAGGGUAAGAAGAAGAAGUGGGCGAAGAAGCUGAAGGGAGAUGAGCAGCAGGAGGGUGACGAGGGGCAGAAGCAGAAGGGGGGGAAGCAGGAGGGACAGAAGGAGGAGUCGAAGGAAACGGAGGAGAUGGUGAUGGUGGAGAGGGAGACGGAAAAGAAGGAAGGGGUUCAACAGGAGAAGAGGCGGAAAAGGGGGCAGGAGGAGCAGGCGAACCAGCUUCAUUGUGCCGCUGCUGCUGCUGCUGCUGCUGCUGCUGCUGCUGCUGCUGCUGCUGCUGCUGCUGCUGCUGCUGCUGCGACGGUGGCAGCCAGAGUAGUAACAGAGGGGAAGAGUGGGAGGAGAGGGAAGCACGGGACGAAAGGGGAUGGGAAGGACGUGCAGGGGGGCAUGUUGUUACCAGUGGUAUUGGACAGGAAGGGGGGUGAGAGGAAGGUGGGGGGUGGGAAGGAAGUGGAAGCAAAGGGAGAGGGGAAGAAGGGAGGCGGUGAGAAGGGAGUGAAGAGGAAGGCGGAAGUGGUGAUUCAGGGGGUGGGGAAGGGAGAGGCGGAUGAUAAGGAGAUGAUGGAUGCAAAGGCAGGGAUUGGCCAAGGCAUGAGAAGUGAAGAGAGGGCAGGGAAGAAGGCGGGGAUGGCCAAGGUGCUGAAGAGUGAAUGGGUUGACCAGAUUGGGGAAGGAGGGGCGUCUGCUUGGGACUGAGUUUUCGGCAUUUGGUGGUGGAGGCAGGGAGUGAGGAGUUGGGAAGAAGGCAGGGGAGAGGGCAGGGGAGAGGGCAGGGGAGAGGGCAGGGGAGAGGGCAGGGGAGAGGGCAGGGAUGCUCAACGUGUUGGUGAAAUGGAUGGGGAAGGCCUGAUUGGGAAAGGAGGGGGUUCAGCUUGGGACAGAGUGUUGUGGCUCUGAGCGGACACUUAGUAAGAAGGUUAGGGAACAGGCAGGGGUCGCCUCACCAUGAUGUUCGAAGUGAAGUGGAUUGCAGACAGAAUUGGGGCAGGGGAUUUUGCUAGUGGUGGCGCUGCGAAGGCUUCCUCUUGCCUCGCUGCAUUCCUCUGGUUGCUUGCUACCGACGUUAUUAGUAGUAGAGCUGUUAGGACAUCAUGGUAUCUUGGCCAUACCUUUGAACUAUCCACAUCUUGCAGAAAAAGAUGGUUCUGCUCCACAUCUGUUAAC